AUGAAUAACUCAAGCGAAUUAUAUGUGGUGUAUACAUGCGAUCAAACAGAAGAAGAGUCACCGACCGGCAAAAAGUUACAUUAUAAUGAGACACCUGAGAUAACAAGCUUCGGUACCUUCAUCGAUAAUAACCUCUCUAAUAAUCCGGACGUGUUUUUCCGCCACAGCAUAGAGCGAGGGGAGCUAGAACACACACCAGUCGCGGCAUUUUUAGAAGGAAAGUCUUGGAUCCGCGUUGAGUCGAACGAGGUCGCCAUCUUGACUCCGCUCUCCAGCGAACCUGUCCACAUUAUGCUCUGGAAAUGGAACACGACAGAGGGCGAGAUUUCGGAAAAGGCAAUUAUCAAAAAUGCUGCUAGCUCCUAUCUUGUGUUGCCGGACGUUGGGUUUCGGGUUCUUCCGUGGGGGACACCGUUCCAUUUGGCUGUGGUUCCGAUAAAAAGGCUGGCAGAGCAGCUGCGUUCUCCUUGA